GAAUAGGAGGAUACGGCUCCCUUAAGGCGGGGGCGCGCGCAGCGGACCGGAAGUGACGUUUGACGUGCGGCGUGUUCCCGCCCUGCCCUUCGCCGCUGUUCGGUGGCGGGAACUCGGGCUGCUUGUUGACGGCGGCUACCGUAAGGGUACCCCCCCUUCUGGCGGCUCGGGGCUUCCUGGGCCUGAGAGUCUCCGCUUGGGGAACGGGGCUAAGACUUCGCGACCACCUCGCCCUUUCCCUGCCGCGGAAACCUCAGGAACGAGCCGGUGGCGUCCUAGCUCUCAAGACGAGCGGCUAAAAGGCCCAGGCAGUGCCCGGGGACACACGCGGGGAGCCGGGGAGAACAGGGUGAAGUAACCAUGCAGGCAUUUCUAAAAGGCACAUCUAUCAGCAGUAAACCACCAUUGACUAAGGAUCGAGGAGUAGCUGCCACUGCCAGAAGUAGUGGAGAGAACAAGAAAGCCAAACCUGUUCCGUGGGUGGAAAAAUAUCGCCCAAAAUAUGUGGAUGAAGUUGCUUUCCAGGAAGAAGUGGUUGCAGUGCUAAAAAAGUCUUUAGAAGGAGCUGAUCUCCCUAAUCUCUUGUUUUACGGGCCACCUGGAACUGGAAAAACAUCCACUAUUUUGGCAGCAGCUAGGGAACUCUUUGGGCCUGAACUUUUUCGAUUAAGAGUUCUUGAGUUAAAUGCAUCUGAUGAACGUGGAAUACAAGUAGUUAGAGAGAAAGUGAAGAAUUUUGCCCAAUUAACUGUGACAGGAAGCCGUUCAGACGGGAAGCCAUGUCCUCCUUUUAAAGUUGUGAUCCUGGAUGAAGCAGAUUCUAUGACCUCAGCUGCUCAGGCAGCUUUAAGACGUACCAUGGAGAAAGAGUCUAAAACCACCCGAUUCUGUCUCAUCUGUAACUAUGUCAGUCGAAUAAUUGAACCUCUGACCUCUAGAUGUUCUAAAUUCCGCUUCAAACCUCUGUCAGAUAAAAUUCAACAGCAGCGAUUAUUAGACAUCGCUGAUAAAGAACAUAUCAAAAUUAGCAAUGAGGGACUAGCUCAUCUUGUUAAAGUGUCAGAAGGAGACUUAAGGAAAGCCAUUACAUUUCUUCAAAGUGCUACUCGAUUAACAGGUGGAAAGGAGGUCACAGGAAAGGUGAUCACAGACAUUGCUGGGGUAAUACCAGCUGAAACAAUUGAUGGAGUAUUUGCUGCAUGUCAGAGUGGCUCUUUUGACAAACUAGAAGCUGUGGUAAAGGACUUAAUAGAUGAGGGUCAUGCAGCAACUCAGCUUGUAAAUCAACUUCAUGAUGGGGUUGUAGAAAAUGAUAAUCUUUCUGAUAAACAGAAGUCUGUUAUUACAGAAAAACUUGCUGAAGUUGAUAAAUGCUUAGCAGAUGGUGCUGAUGAACAUCUACAGCUGAUCAGCCUCUGUGCAACUGUCAUGCAGCAGUUAACUCAGAACUGUUAAAAUAUAUUCAGUAUGUAUUUUUGUGUGAACAAUUUAAAAUAAAAAUGACUAA